GUGAAAUGUAACGUUGCCAGAGCCUGAGUCCAUGAGACGGGGGCGGACCCCAAGGUACCCAUCCACUUUGGCCCCCAAAAGCUACGCCCCGCCUCACGCGUGCACGGGGCAGCAUAGUCAGUUGAAAUCCUGUGAUUGGUUCCGCAUCAGGACUGCCCAAGAGAAGAGAUGAUGCAUAACACUUAAACCGAUGCACACCGCGCUCGCGGCGUGGGUGGCCGUGCUGGCCGCCGCCCUCGGACAGAGCGAGCCCGCGCCUUGCGCCUCAUCGUUCGCCCUGGAGUCCCACGCCGGCGCAGCCCACCACGGCGACGUCUGCCGCGGCCCGAAGGGCGCCUGGCAAUGUCCGCGCGGCUGCGCGACCAGCGCUACCGGGCCAUUGUGCGUCGAGGACGGCCGCCCAUGCCGGCGGCCCGCGGCGUGCCUCGGCCGCGCCGCGCUCGUCGCCGGGCGCGGCUCCCGCGGCGAUGCGUGCGUCGUCGCGCAGGAGAAGAAGCCCGACGUGUGGUCGUGCCCGACCGACUGCGCGGCUGUCGCGGCGCCAAGCGACCCUGGCCGACGCGUCGCGUGCAUUCGCGCCGACGGGCAGCCGUGCGUCUCGCACGCGCGGCGGUCCCCGUGCCGGGACAACGCGACGAACGCGACGGAGCUCGAGUGGCACGAUGAACGCUGGCAUGGUGAUGUCUGCCGCGAGCCCGACGGUAACUUCCAUUGCCCCGUCGACUGCUCGCGGACCCACGGGAGCCGUCCGCCGUACUGUCUCAAGGCGCGCGUGGCGACGAAGCCGUGCCGUACGAAUUUUGGACCCGCGCGGCCUUGGGGCAAGCCGAAGCCAAAGGUCCUGCCCGGCUGGGGCUUCGAGCAGCCGUACUCGCUGGCCUGCGUCGGCAGACCCUGCGAUGUAGUGAAGGCGACGUCCCUGGACAUCGUCGUCGCCGCGUACGACUACGGAACGGCGCCCGUCGUCAUGGCGGUCGCUGCGGCGGCGCCGGCGCGCGUCGCGCCGGUCCGCGCGUUCCUCUACUGCAAGGGGCCCGCCGGCUGCGACCCCGCGGACGUCGCCGCGGUCCGGGCGCUCGAGCGCGUGGCUUCCGUGGAAGCCAUCCCAUUGCCGAACGUCGGGCGUUGCGACCACGCGUACGCGACGCACGCGGUGCGGCGCCGCGACGACCUCGCGGACGCGACGUUAUUUCUCAAGGACACGACGCCCUGGCACGUCCACUUGGGUUCGAUGGUCAACGUCCUCGGCCUGGCGCGCGCGCUCCCGGCGAACCUCGAGGCGUUCUGCGCGCGCGCCCCUAUCUCCGAAACCCUCGCGUUCGAGCUGCCGACGUACGAGUCGGAGCAGUGCUACCGCUUCGGAAAAUGCUACGCCGACGAGUCGUACCAGCGGGCGUCCGUGCGCCCGCUCGGCGCCUGGCUCACGGCGCGCGCGGGCGUCCGCGUCGGCGAGCGCGGCGUCGCGGCGUGCCUUGGCGGCGCCUUCGGCGCGGGCCGCGAGGCUAUUAGGAGGACGCCGGCCGCAACUUAUGCGGCGCUCGCUUCGGAAUUGUCCGCGGGCGACUCGCUCGAGGCGGGCCACUUCGCCGAGCGGGCCUGGUUUGCGUUCUUCGGCGUCGCGCGGUUGCCGCCGCUCGUGCGGAACCGCGCCGUCGUCUACGCGUUUGGUGAUGCCGCCGGCCUGGACCUGCCAUCGGACAGAGCGGGUCGUGACGACGGCUGGGACUACCUCUACUUUGUUCGUGAAGACGCAGCCUCAACGAAAGCGCCGCGCGGCUGGCGCCUCGUCUUCUCGCGCACGCCGGCAACGACCCUCAAGGCCGCGCCGCACCGCGACCCGCACCUCGCGGCCUACGCCCACAGCCUCUACGUCGAGGCGCGGCCCGACGUUCGCGCGGCCGCCGAGGCCGUCGCGACGGCGCUCUCCGCGGGCGCGUCGGUCGCGUUGCGGCGGCGCGCCGUCUGCUGUGCGGGCCACCGCGGUGCGCGCGCGCGCCUCGCCGACGAGGCGCUCUUGUGCGGCGCCGGCGCCGGCGCCGGCGCCGUCGCGGCCGCGCGGCGCGCGGCGGCCCGGUCGCGCGGGCCAGCGUACGCGUCGACCUUCGUCUUACGGAGACACACGGAGGCGGCGGCGGCCUUCAACGAGCGCUGGCUUGCCCGAAUCACGGAGCUCGGUCCGGAGUUCGCCGACGUCGCGCUGAUGGCGGCGGCCGCCGCGAGCGGCGGGACCGUCGCGGCGGCAGACGAGGCCAUCGUCGACGAGCGGCCCGGCGCGGCGCCGGCGCUGGCGGCGCGUCGGCGUCAACCGCCCGCGACCUGGGUCUUCCUCGCGACCGCGGAUAGUAGUGAGGCGUGGGCCGCGAUGGCGAAGCGGGCCGUCGCGUCGGCGCGCGCGCGGACGUCGCUCGAACACAUUGUGUGCGUCUUCCGCGGCGGGCGAGACGCGGCCCUGGCGCGCUGGCUCGAGGGCGCCGGCGUCGAGGUGCUCUACCACGACGCGCCGGCGUGGGCCGGCCGCGUGUCCGAGGCCCUCUCGACGAAGGCGGGCCGCGACAACGUCCGCUUCUCGCCUUUGUACGAGUCGGCGUCGGCCCUCGCCGCCACCUUUCUCCGCGUCGACAUUCCGCUCCUGCUGGACCCCCGGAAGCACGGCGAAAUUGUAUUAUACGCGGACACCGACGUCGCGUUCCUGCGCGAUGUUAGAAGGGAGGACUUCGGCGCGGGCGCGGACCCGGCCUACUUCACCAUGGGCGCCGAGUUCAUGGAACCCCCCAUCUACGGCAACGCCGGCGUCAUGCUCCUCAACUUAAUAGGUUUACGACGGACGUACGCGGCCUUUGCGGACUGGACCUUCUCCGACGCGAACGUCAGGCGGGGCCUGCACUUUGGCAAGUUCGGUCCCGGCGACCAGGGCGCCUACGCCGAAUUCUACGAGGGCGCUUUUGCCGUCGUGCGCUCGCCUUCCUUCAACUGGCGGCCGUACUGGCGCGCGCGGUGGGCCGACCCGGCGAUCCUCCACUUCCACGGGCCGAAGCCCGACGAUUACAGAGAAGCACUGGGCGGCGGCGCGGCGAAACCGCCCCUCGCGUGGCGCGCCAUCCUCAAGCGCUGCCGCGGCCGCGGCGGCGCGCCGUGCGCCGACUGGCUCCGGAUUUAUGAUUGUCUGCCUGAGGAGGUCGGCGACGUCCCGACGCCCGCGUGCGCCGCGCUGUUGGCGCCGCGGCGCGGGCCGCCCGCGGGCGCCGCAUUCGCAGCGGUCCUCUUCCUUCUCGGGUGCUGGUGCUCCCGGCGCCUAGGCGUCCUCCCGCGGUGGCGACGGAGCCCAUCCACGGCCCUUUAAUAAUGUAAAAAGAUUGCUGUCUUUAUCUUUGGACCUCGGGAACCAACAGCUAGCCUGUAGAACCGGACCUGAUCAUUGCCUCGCACGUUGCACCUGCCGUCUGUCGGACUUCCUAUACAUACUCCCCACCUAGGCCCUCAGCCUAUAUAAGGCCGCAUACCUACGUACCUGCUACUGCCAAUACUGCGGUAUGAUAUGGCACGUAUGCUUGUAUUUACGUCUAUGGAACUCCCGGGGUUCAACGUCCGAGUCAAGCUCUCUACUCACGAGCUACGCCGCAUCCGCGACGAGAUCCGAAGCCUACCGCCGUGCACACACUACUAGACUGGCAGCGGGCCGCGUCGCCGUUUGGAAAAUCGUUAAACACUCUCAGGCUUCGUCAGCCUGAGGCCCGGGCCCGGGAGGCGGAACCUUGUGGGCCCAUAACCUAGCAAGAGUAUGUCGCAGCGUUGCGUAAAUUAGCAACGGCGCUAUUAAGCUUCCUCGUAGGGCUGGGCCAACCUAACUACGAGAGUGUUUUAUAGCAAAUUGUUGUUAUAUGUAUUGGUCGCUCCUAUUGAAUCAGCACCGGGCCUCACAGGACUUGGAUUUAUCAGAUCAAAAAGUGACACCAGUCUCUACACUUACAUUGGUCCCGAUGGAAAAUGGUGCGCGAUUGCAGUAUUCGUAGAUGACCUCCUAAUCACUGGGACCGGGACCAGCACCACCAAGAUAGACGAACUACGUACAUAGGGUAGGAAGGGCUAGUAGGUUUCUCUCUCUACUACGGUACCUACGGUACCUACGGUACCUACCUACGGUACGGUACCUGCGGUACCUAGCUCUACGGUACCAUGGUGCCUAUGGCAGCUGAUGGCGUGCAAUGGCUGGCCCUACGUCGCACGUCUUAAUUUGAAUUCUUGAACGCACUUGCAGUCCAGUUUUGGGUACACCUCCUCAAACAACUGCACAAUCCGUGGCAAUCCGUGGCUUGUCCGGCCGGCGCGCCAUGACGCCCGACGCCGACGAGCCAGCGCCCGCUGCUCCUCCGUCCGCGUCGCGCGCCGCGUCCGCUCGAAAUCUUACAAGUACCGUGCUCUUUACGCGCCGCGGCGCGGGCCUCCAAAAGGGAGUCGCCCAGCAGUGCGCCUCGCGGCCCAGGAUUGGCGCGGAAGAAGGAGGUCUUCGUCGCAUCUAAACCGUUGCCGCGCGCCUUAGCCACGCGCCGCAGCGACCUGUCUCAGCGGCACACCCGCGCAGGCGCUUCGGUGCGCGGCCGCGCCUCGAGUCAUCAUUUUGUUCGCGCGGGCCGGACGAUGAGAGAAUCGCGACCUCACGGUCACGGCCGAAUUUGAUAGCGUGUGGACGAGCGUUUGUGCGUGUCUGACGGCCCCCCGGCGCGUCCCACAACCCGCCGCCGCCGCCCGCCCGCACUCGUCUCAUGAUAAGACUGCCGCCGCAGGCCGUGAGAAGUGGGCGUUCGACCCGGAGAGCGUGGGUCAGGCGCGGGCGGCGCGGACGCGGCGCGCGGACGUGGCGCGGUGGGCGACCGACGCGCUGCCGGCUGCGGUGGAGCGGGAGGCGUGCGGUGUCGUCUUCCGCGAGGCCAAUGGUUCGGCCUGCGUCGUCUUCGCGUUCGAGGGCGGUGCGAACGUCGUCGUCGACCUGCCCGAGACGACGCGGGGCGCGGUCUACCGCGCGGUGCUCAAACACGCGGACGCGCUGCUGGCCGCGCGCGCGGGCGCGCCGCCGCCGCCGCUUUCAGCGCCGCGGCGCGACGACGCGUGCCUCGCGGCGCUGCUUUCGGCGUGUUGCGUGGUGUGCGUUCGGCGUGCGGGGCGCGAGGCCGCCGCGGCCGCCUUUCUCGCGGCCGGCGUCGCGCUGCUCGCGUACGCGUCGGGGGCGGCCGCCGCGCGCGCGGCGGCGGGUCGGCGGCGCCGCGGUGGCAGGCCACGGCCCUCGACGGCAGCCACGCGCAAGCGGGGCGCCGUGACGCUCCUCGGCCACAAGGCGCUACGGGGCUGCCCGUGCUGCGACUUCUCGAUCGACGGCGGCGAUUUGUUCGGGUGA